AUGUCCUCUCCCGUACCCAAGCAGCGGACUCCUUUGUUUGCUGGCAAUGUCGCAAUCGAGUUCAAAGCUACACCGACGAAUCGAAACUCGACCCUAUCUGAGACGAGCACACCAUCGGGUAUACGAGAAUACUUGAAGCAAUGGCAGAUACACAAUGGUGCAGAUGUUCCGAUGAAAGACAUAAAAUCACCACCAAACCUCCGUACAAAUGUCAGUAAUGACACGGGAAAUAUACAAACACGUGGUACCAUUCAGGCAGAAGAAGAUGAUGAAUCGCACGGAGACAUUGAUGGAUAUCGGACUUUUUUAAAAGAUGAUUUGGUGGAUGUUGGCAGGAGGCGCACAUUCUUGCUUCCCGGAGAUCUAGUCGAACUCGCAUUUGUGGGUAGCAGAGCCCAAGAACUAGCAGUGUUUGUACAGGAUUUAGGUGACCAAGGUCAAUACUACACCAUGUCUGGACGAUGGUCGCAACGGCCACAUUUUAUGCCAAAAUAUUUCGUUCCUGGUUUUGUCAAGCCAGAGGAACUGAAAGAUAUUAUACCUCAUUUGCCAAGCUCUGAGGUAUCGCCAGACGUGCAACAGAAACUGCAGAUCUUUCAGCAGGCCGUUCCGAGAGAUAUUGGGAAUAACAUCUUAAGUAAGCUCUUGCACUUUUGGAACGAGGCAGAUGCUGCUUAUCUUGCUACUGCAACUCAAAUGGAAACAAUCCAUCGAGUAAUGGCCCACAGAACAAAAAUGACCUAUGCCACACUGGAAGAGAUUGCCGAAAAAUCACUAGCUGGCGUAACUGCUAAAGACGCAAAUGGCAAUUUCAACCAGACUAUUCUUUAUGCUCUACAUCGUCGCAUACUUGCAACAGAUAUGGAAUUCCGGGCACAGGCAAAGGGUACGCUUCGCGCCGGCGGGGAAUACGAAAUUGCUUCACUGGACGAGGUUGAGGAUGUCAAAAAAGUCGAGGCUCUUGUGCGUUCCUACGUUGAACAACUGAUGACAGGAACCACCGACGUGAAGUCAGGCUCACAGCAUCCAGUAACUCAAUUUGUACAGCAGUGUAGGACUAUGAUUGAUAUUACAAGGAAGAACCAAGACUUUACAAAGUAUGGUAUGAUAGGACCAUAUCCCGGUGAUGGCCACCCCGGCUCCGAAGCAACAUCUCAAAGCUUCCCUGGUGGCACUAGAUUGUUCUUGCGUUUUAUGGAGUCAUGGUGUGGCUUACAGAGCUUCAGACGUGGUUCAAGUCUGCAUGGGAUUGGCGCCACCUUGCUAAGAGCCAUCGACCGUUAUGACGAUGUUGAAUUGGAUAUGAGAACGGGCUGGACUUUCUUGCAAGAAAUCGGUAUAAUACCUUUCUGGGAAACCCCUCAUGCAUACCUCUUGAAACUGCCCGGGGUUGGCCAAAGAUUGCGAGCCGAAAAAUUAGCUCCCACGGAAGGCUUCAUAGAGGAUCAACAAAGCUCCAUUCGCAAAGAUUGGGGUAACGUACCUGUCUUCUGUAUUGACGAUGUGGGUGCACACGAAAUCGACGAUGGGGUGUCUGUAGAACCAACCGAGAUCGACGACCAGUAUUGGGUACAUGUCCAUGUGGCAGACCCGGCUUCUCACAUCGAGCCUACAAGUCCUAUCGCUGAGUUUGCACAAAGAUUCGUGACCAACGUCUACUUCCCAGACCGGGUUGCAUCUAUGUUGGAGCCCAAGCGAGUCCAAUCGCAGUUCAGCAUGGGCAGCGGACGUCCAUGCUUGACAUUCAGUGCAAAAUUGAAUGCCGCCGGCGAGAUAUUAGACUACAAGGUCUCGGCGGGCCGUAUCAAUAACGUUAUCUACGUUACCUAUAACGUGUUGGAGGAAGCCGGUACAAAUACUGAGGUCCUUUCCUCUGAUGAGAAGGAUAUGUAUAUCGCCGGUAACAACAGCUUACCCCCUUCAAACCCGUCCAGGCAUUUGACCUCCUUUGAUGCGUUGGCCACUGAUCAUAAAGCAAAACUCAAGAUCAUUCGCAACCUAGGCGUGCUCAGAUCCUCUUGUCUGAGGGGAAAAGGGGGAGUAAACUUUGCAUCAAAUAAUUAUGAUUUGGCAAUCCACCUGGAUACACCCACUACUCCCGCUCCAAGCGCUCUUCGAUACAAAUUUGGCAAAGUGUGGAAAGAGAAACCUAUCAUCGAAGUCUCCAAGAACAAAGGGACACCAAAACCGAAUAGCCCUCUUUCCUACCUAAUGAUACUCGCAGGGGAGGUGUGCGCCAAAUGGUGUCAUGAACGUGGAGUCCCAACUAUGUACCGCGUUACACCAUAUAACCCUAUUAAAGAACCUGCGAGUUUUUUUCGCCGAGUAGUCAUUCCAUCAAGAGAUGUGGACGGCAACAUACCCUUAGACAUCGCCGAGCAAUACCUAGAAACAAUUGGGGCCGCGCAACCAUCCACGGUACCAGGACCCCAUGUUGCAGUUGGAGCAGAUAUGUUCAGCAAAUGUACGAGUCCUCUCAGACGAUACGGUGAUCUGUUGAUGCAUUGGCAAAUCAAUGCUGCCCUUCGCGAAGAACAUCGCUUAGGUCGCCCACUUGUUGGAAACACUGACGAGUCCAUCUUUCCAUUUUCCACGGUUCAAAUAGAGCGUCUGCUCCCACGUAUCGAUACGCGUGAACGACUGGCUAGGAAAGCCUCUGUGGAUGCCCAAAAUUCAUGGUUCUGCCAAUUUUUCAUUCGUGCUUGGAAAUUUGGUGAAUCCGAACUACCCAGAUCACUAAGCUUUGUGAUUAGAACCGUCAAUCCUCUCUCCAACAUAGCGUUCGGUAAGAUCAGCCAGUUUGAUUUUCCAGCGACACUGCGUUUCAAUGAAAGUCUGAAAUACGAGGACGUUGUGCCUGGUCAGGAGGUCGAGGUCGAGGUACUGGAUAUUGAUAUGCCACGAGGAAGGAUGAUCCUAACCCCUAAACCGCGAGGUCCAGUGGUUGAGAAGGCGUUUGAAUACAAGUUAGCACGAUGA